AUAUUGAAAGCGGACCGAGUAAAAUAUUCAUAAAAUGAAAAUUAUAAGCGAUUUGACUUUAUUCUUAGUGCAGUAAUUUGUUACCCAGACAGACUCCGUUGUUUGACAUCGAUUACUUGAAGAUGGCCGAAGCUGCACAAAACUCUUCCUUAAAACAGCAGAAAGUCAUAAUACCCAACAAAUAUGGCAAUAAAUUAGUAGGCAUAUUACAUGAAGCUGGAACCAAAGAGAUUGUUAUCCUAUGCCACGGUCUUCGAGCCUCCAAGGAAGACAUUAUCAUGACACAACUUGCUGCUGCUCUAGACAAUGCAGAAAUCAGUUCUUUCCGCUUCGACUUCACUGGAAAUGGGGAAAGUGAAGGUUCAUUUGAAUUUGGCAUCUACUGGAGGGAGGUUGAUGAUAUACAUGCUGUAGCUCAACACUUUCAUGAAGCUAAUCGUAGCGUUAUGGCAAUUAUUGGGCACAGUAAAGGAGCUAAUGCGGUGCUUCUUUAUGCUUCGAAGUAUCAUGAUAUUAAAACUGUUGUCAACCUCUCUGGUCGCUAUGAUCUGAAGGCAGGCCUUGAAGGACAUUUAGGAAACAAAUUUAUGGAAAGAAUCAGGGAGGAAGGUUUCAUUGAGUUGAAGACUAAGUCAGGAAAUGCUGCUUAUCGUAUAACUGAGGAAAGUUUGAAGGAUCGGUUAAACAUAAAUAUGCAUGAAGCAUGCCUGCAAAUUGACAAAGAAUGCAGGUUCCUUACUGUGCAUGGUGAUGCGGACACAGCAAUUCCUGUUGGAAAUGCAUUUGAGUUCGCCAAGAUCCUACCUAAUCACAAGCUACAUAUUGUAGAAGGGGCUGACCAUGUAUAUACUGAUCAUUUAGCUGAGUUAGCUUCAACUGUGGCAAAUUUUAUGAAGGAAACUCUGCAAAGGGACAAGCUUAAUGCUAGUUAGGCAUCUACCUUGGCCUUCAUAUUAACUUUUUCUUUAGUUUUGGAAAUUAUUAGUAUUUCCUAAAAUAUAAUGGUGAUUGUCCAUCUUGCAUGGGGGUACAUUUCAGAACUCUGCUCAUGUGAAGGAAAGUCCUUUCCAAUUUAUUGAACGGUAGAAUCAUGAUUUGCUGUGACAGUAAUAUUUUACGUCUGCCUAAUCUUUUGAUGUACCAAUUUUAUCAUUCUUUUUUUGAUGAACUAAUGUACCAAUUAGCUAGUCACCGUA